GCGAAACUCUAGUCUGUUUGUUUACCUAAUUUUAUGAGGUUUAAAAAUAUUUCUCUGUUUUUAUGGCUUGAGUCUUAAAACCAGAUUUAUUGUGCUCGUUUUACAGUUAAUUUAAUAAAAUGUCCUGCAUUUAAUUUCAACUCUAAUAAUGUAGUAUUUUUACAUUUUCAACUUUCCUUUGAAUUUAUCAGUGUUCUUCCAGUGCAUCAAGCGAUUUCCUACAAAGUGUAUAUAUUGUGUUUUGUAUUGCUUUCUCGUGAUUAUUUUCUAACCUUUUACAUAUUAUUUGGUCAAUUUGUGUCUCAACAAUUUGUUGCUGAAAAUGUCUACGGAUAGAUCAAUCCAAACCCAACAACCUUUAAUUAAGAUUGGCCACUAUAUUUUGGGUGAAACUCUUGGUACUGGUACUUUUGGUAAAGUUAAAACUGCCACUCAUCAGUUAACUGGACACAAAGUUGCUGUUAAGAUUUUGAACCGAGAAAAGAUCAAAAAUCUCGAUGUUGUUGGUAAAAUAAGGCGAGAGAUUCAAAAUCUUAAACUAUUUCACCAUCCUCACAUCAUAAAACUAUACCAAGUGAUUAGUACUCCAACAGAUAUUUUUAUGGUGAUGGAAUAUGUUGCUGGUGGUGAAUUAUUUGAAUACAUUGUUAAGCAUGGAAAACUGAAGGAAUCUGAAGCUCGUCGAUUUUUUCAACAAAUUAUUUCUGGUGUUGAUUAUUGUCAUCGUCAUAUGGUUGUUCAUCGUGAUUUAAAACCAGAAAAUUUGUUACUCGACAUAAAUCAAUGUGUUAAAAUAGCUGAUUUUGGUUUAUCUAAUAUGAUGAUGGAUGGUGAAUUUUUGCGCACAAGUUGUGGUUCACCAAAUUAUGCUGCACCAGAAGUUAUAUCUGGUAAAUUAUAUGCUGGACCAGAAGUAGACAUUUGGAGUGCUGGGGUUAUCCUUUAUGCUCUUCUAUGUGGAACUUUACCUUUUGAUGACGAACAUGUUCCAUCUCUUUUCCGCAAAAUUAAAUCUGGCAUAUUUCCGAUUCCAGAUUAUUUAAACAAAUCAGCAGUCGAUCUGUUGGUUCAUAUGUUACAAGUUGACCCUAUGAAAAGAGCGACAAUGGAGGAUAUAAAAAAUCAUGAUUGGUUCAAAAAAGAUUUACCGGCCUACUUAUUUCCUCCAGCAAGUGAAUCUGAUGCUUCAAUAAUUGAUAUGGAUGCUGUUAAAGAAGUCUGUGAAAAAUUUGGAGUUACCGAUAAAGAAGUUCAUAGUUCAUUGUUAAGUGGAGAUCCUCAUGAUCAAUUGGCUAUUGCAUAUAAUCUUAUUAUUGAUAAUAAGAGAAUAGAAGAUGAAACAUCAAAAUUAGACAUUAAAGAUUUUUAUGUCGCUUCAUCGCCUCCUCCACCAUCUACAUUGAAUGACAGUCCAGGUCGGUUUGGAUCAAGUGGCAGUGGCCGACAAAGAUUGUUAAGUGGGGGUGCCAGUACCUUGGAAAAGCACAAAGGAACACCUAUGAAAAGAGCUAAAUGGCAUUUAGGUAUUCGAUCACAAAGUAGGCCUCACGAUAUCAUGAAUGAAGUUUUUCGAGCUAUGAAAGCAUUGGAUAUGGAAUGGAAGAUUGUAAACCCGUUCAAUGUUCGCGCUCGUCGUAAGAAUUCCCAAUCUGGUCGUCACACUAAAAUGGCUCUACAGCUCUAUCAAGUCGAUUAUAAAAGUUACCUUCUUGACUUCAAGUCAUUACCUAGUCUGGAUGAUGAAGAAAUAAAAGAGGCUGAAGCGCAAAGCAUCAGCAGCUCAUCAAGCGAUCCUUACUCAACAAAAUCUCAAUGUCAUCAUGUAAUGGAUUUCUUUGAAAUGUGUGGUUCACUUAUCACACAAUUGGCUCGCUAGCAUGUCGCUAUAUUAAUUUCGCUGCAAAAAAAAUCUGUUACUGACUAACGAAAAGUGCAUAAAUUAUCAAUUAAUGUGUUACAUGCCAAUCAAUAUACAUAAAAGUUUGCUCAAAGUUCUAUUUCUUUUUACAUAACUUUGAUAUGUGCAGUUUAUGUAACCUCAAAAUAAUCUUUAAACGGUUUUAAAGCAAUUCUAAAUGUGCUAAUUACUUUAAUACUAAAUGAUCAAGAAAAUUAUAACCCAUCUAAAUUUGCUAAUUUAAAUCUUCUCUGAAUCACUGAAUUAAUCGAGCAAAAUUUGAUUUACCUUCUCUUAUCUUUUGUAUGCAGAAGAUUCAAUAAA